UGGCAAAACAACUUGGCAUAACAUCUAGACAUAAUCAUUGUUUUGUGGAAUAAAGCUGUUCAAUUAAGAUAAAACUAAAAUGCAGAGCCCGUCUCUAACAUGUCGCUGCAUGAAAAUUGCACAUUUACAUACAUUACACAUAUUAGUUUAAUUAAUGGGUGCUGCCAGUGCAGAAAGUUUUGAUGCUGGAAGUAAACUUCCGCCCAGACUUCGGGCGCCAUAUUUGAUCAACUGCCCCGUAUUUGUAUUCUUUUUUUUCUAACCCAGAAAGUUCAGAGAACUACGACCAGAAACAAACAGAAAGUCCCAAUAAGUUACUGUAGCAACGCCGUAAGCUUUCAUGUGACAUUCGAGGACAUACUUAGGACUCAUAAGGAUAUCCAAAGAUAUUCUGAAACGAUGUCUCUCGUGGACCUGGGCAAGCGAUUACUUGACGCAGCACGUAAAGGCCAGGAUGAUGAUGUCAGGACACUCAUGGCCAAUGGAGCCCCUUUCACUACAGACUGGCUUGGGACGUCACCUCUGCACCUGGCCGCCCAGUAUGGGCACUUCUCUACUGCGGAGGUGCUCCUCAGAGCAGGCGUCAGCAGGGACGCUCGCACCAAGGUGGACAGGACGCCGCUUCACAUGGCCGCCGCAGAGGGCCACACCACCAUUGUGGAGCUACUCGUCAAGAGUGGUGCGGAUGUGAACGCCAAGGACAUGCUGAAGAUGACAGCGCUCCACUGGGCCACGGAGCACGGCCACCGGGGGGUGGCGGAGCUGCUGGUCAAGUACGGAGCAGACACCCACGCCAUGAGCAAGUUCGACAAGACCCCCUUCCACAUCGCCGUGGACAAAGGCAACACUGAGCUCAUGCUUCUGCUGCAGGAGGGUAUGCAGAACCAGGUGAAUAUGAACCCCCUGAGCAGCUCCGCAUCCUCCAUCGCCAACCCCCAGUUCCUCAUCUCCUCCUCUGGGGAAGUCAUGAACCUCUCUGACCUCGUCCUCACAGCUGCAAAGCCUAAUUCAGGCACUCUAUUCAAUACACAGUAUCACAACUAUGAAGUUGGCACUGAAGAAGUGAUUGCCGCCAACUCUGUGGACUCGGCGAUCCAGCAGGUGGUUGGGGAAGGAGGUCAAAGGGUCAUCACCAUAGUUACGGACCAACAGGGCAACCUGCAGCCUGCUUCUCUGGGUCAGAAGUUCUUUGUCACCAUGCAAGGCCAGCAAAUGGUAGCAGUUCCGGCAGGACAGAUCACAGAGGAGGUGGUGGUGGAGGAGUCCAAGCCUCCCACGCCUCGCAAGAGGAAGCUGGAGCAAGUGGCCGCCCAUGUGGAGCCCAAAGUGAAGCAGGAGAAGGUGGAUGAUAAGGACAGCAGCCGUCAGCAGCUGGAGCUUCAGCUGCUGGAGGCCAACAGGCGAGCUCAGGAGUACCGCCAGCAGCUGCUGCAGAAGGAAGAGGAGGCCGAGAGCUACCGCCUCAAGCUGGAGGCCAUGACCAACGGCCAGCCCAACGGCACCGAGCACGGGGAGGGAGAUGGGGAUGAAGGAGACGCAGGAGGCCAGGAGGAGGUGGUGCUGCAGGAGGAUGAGGACGAGGAGCAGGAGGUGGAGCAGGAAGGGGAGGUGGUGAUGCUGUCAGAAGGCACCAUCAUUAUCAAGCCGGGGGAGCUGGACGCAGAGGGUGGGGAGGGGGAGGGGGAAGAGGUGACGCUGGUGGACGCGGCCACAGGGGAGAGCACGGCCGUGCUGCAGACACCCGUGUCCACGUAACACACACACACACGCAUGCACGCAAGCACACACACAAACCCUCAUUUCUGAACCCCAAAAGCUCCUGUCCCUCCCCCCUCCACACUCAGGACUCUGGAUACUUUAGACACCCUCUUUCAACGCCUGUAGUGUGUUGCUUGGUUUUUAAUUUAUUUAUAAUGAUCAUGAUCACAAUGACGACACUAGACACAAUUCAUUUUGUGUGCAUGACAUCACAAUGCAUUGUGUUAUUUGCUUUUCUACAAAGAGGGUUUAUUGGUGCCAGGAGACCUCAGUUGUGACUCCAUUGCGUUGAGAAGUAAAACAAGGCCCAUCACAGUCACACUCACAGUCAUGCGAGGCUGGCUGGCUGGCUCUGGACAUGGACUCCUUCUACCUGACUGAUUCGAGAUUUUUUCGAGAAUUUUAUCUGGCCCGACCCAGCUUUCAUUUUAUAGCUGACCUGGACCGUACCUUCCUCUCCUUUAACCACAGUUGCCUUAAUAUCUUCCAAUCCUAAACACAGACACACACAGGCGCACAUACACCAUGUACCUCUGUUUUUUCAGUACAAGGCCAGAGUUAUCCACAUCUUUUAAAGGUUUCUCACAUGCAACAUUUGUUUUAAUCAUUUGUUUUAGUCAUUUGUCCCCAAUUUUACAAAGGAAUUAUUUUUCCAUAAUCCUCUUGAUGAAUGCCCCCUUACAAAACAGUUUUGUAGUUUUUUUCUCAAGGAUUUUGUAGCUUUUAACAUGUACAGUAACUUGGCCUGGUCUUAUACAGUGUGCUUGCUUUGCUUCUAAUGAUCAGCUUUUGCAAAGUUUUAGCUUUUGUUUGCAGACUUUAGAAAUGCAGAACAGGGAAGCAUUAUGAUGAAUAUUCAGAUCAGGAGAAGUGCACAUCUGUUUUAUUAUUAUUAUUAUUAUUAUUAUUAUUAUUAUUCCACUAUUACUGAUCCUUAUGUAAUCGAUUGGGAGAUUCUCUUCAUUCAUUCAGCUGUCUACCCAUAUGCAUUUAGGAAGUAAGGUACGAAAGAAGAAAUGUGUAGAGAUUGUAAACCUUGUAGCAUGUCACUGCCCACCCAACCUUUUCUUGUUUACACGUACAGUAUGCAGUUCUGAUUUUAUUAGUUUAAUGUGUUACACUUACCUGACCUGUUGAAAGAAUCACACUACUUAGUUUUGGACACAACCCUGACUCAUAUGCAACACAGAAUAAAUUAUACUUUUGUUUAAA